AUAAAGAUGGGGAAUUGGGAGAUGCUGUUGGGGAAAUCAAGUCUGUGAGGAAUUCAGAGCGCCUUAAAGAGAAGGCGGUGGAAGAGAAUCUUGAGAUUAAGAAAAUAAAUGAUGAGAAAAAAAGCAGCUUUGGAGCGGAAGCCACACUUCGAAGAGUUCAUGCUGCACAAUUUGCAGCGCAAGCUACACUUCGAAGAGUUCAUGCUGCACAAAAAGAUGAUGAAAUGCCCCCCAUUGAAGCCAUCAUCGCUCCACUGGAAGCAGAGCUUAAGCUUGCAAGGCAGGAGGGAGAAAUGCAACAACUUCGAGACAAACUGGCAGUAGCUGAGCGUACUGCAAAGGCAGAAGCACAAUUAAAGGAAAAAUACCAACUAAGAUUCAAGGUUUUGGAGGAAAAGUUUAAAGCAUCGAAUGGAAAAUCCCGCCCAUCCUCAGAUGCAAGAAUCAUCAGCAAUGGGCCUUCAAGGUCUCAGUCUCUUGGUGGAGCUGAGAACUUCUCUAUAGCGUCCUCUAAUGGCUAUCUAUCUAGGACAAAAUCAAAUUUACAAUCUGGUUUCAACCGUUCCAACACUGCUACUGUAAUAUUGAAACAAACCAAGAGUUCAUCUAGAUCGUUUGAUGGUGGUAGUAGAUUGCUAGACAGAGAUAAGCUAGUCCCAGAUGCAACUGGGAAAGAUAACACACACAGUGCCAGUGAUCAGACUCAGAUGGAUGAGACAAUUGGUAGACAUGAGGAGAGGGCAAAUGGAUCUUUGGUUGAACAAUCCAGGACAGAGCAUGAAGAUUAUGUUUCUGGAGUGCUGUGUGAUAUGUUACAGAAAGAGGUCGUAUCUUUGAGGAAAGGUUGCCAUGAGAAAGAUCAAACCCUCAAGGACAAGGAUGAUGCAAUUGAG